CUAAUGAAGUGGAUGCAGAGUAUCCAAAACCACAUAUACUGGACUGCAGCAUCAUCGACCACUGGACCUGAGAGAGUGGCGAAAUGGACCUCCAUCCUGAACCACGUGCUGGAUAUCCACACACAUGAGGACCCGGUUUUCCCCAGGUGCCUCCAUCCCCAGCGCCAAACCAGGGACAAAAAGAAAUGGAUGGAAGCAGGAACUCCUGCCUUCUACAAGCUAGAGAAGGUGAUGACAAAUAAGAGGAUCUUGAAGGAUGUCUCCCACCCCCAGACUUCAUCUUUGGAGGAUUUCCAUCGGGCCAUUCAACGUUUUGCUCCUAAAAGCAUUGAGUUUCCAUUUCUUGGAUUGCUGUGCAGACUCUACCUGGCUGGCCUUUAUUACAAUGAAAAUGCUGACCAGAUGGCAGAAUGCAGUGCAAAACCAGUGAAGACAAAGCCAACGUUCCGAUAUGUGGAUGACUUGAUGGACCUCAUCUUUGAGAAAGUCUUUGUGGACCCGUCACCUUACCUGGAUGAGGUUUUGAAGAUUUCCAUCCCAGAGGACCUGUGUGCACAAAAUGAUCCGCCAGAUACGGAGGUCAUCGUCAGUUUCCAUGUUCAAUGAAGCGGCAGUCUGACCCAUACUGAGCUGCUUUGGGAUCAGAAACUCCCUGUGGAUAUGAAGAACCAGGCUGGACAAUAUAUUCAGUGAUGUAAACAUCUAUCUAUAGGUUCAGUGAAUCCUUGAGACUCCCCUUUUCUAUUUUUUUUUUUAUGCAUGAGUUAUCAUGUUAUUAUCAUGUUGUGACAAAACAGUACAACACUGCAUAGUGCAACUACUGAUGAAUGUGAUAACACUACAUACUUUGCAUUGUCUGUAAAAUGCCUCAUGUGAGUUCAUGUUAAAUAUGCAGAUUAUGUGAGUUCAUGUUUAAUGUUAAACAAAAUGCUCUAAAACACAUAUGUUCUGAAUUCGGGAUAUUAUUCAACUAUAACUUGGGGAAGUUAAUUGUGUUGUGACCAUUGUAAUUUAAAGCCCA